CAAAAAGGAAGAGGGAACCUGAGAAAGGGACAUUAAAAUACAGACUGGCCAUAAACGAGCACACUGGAGUCGCCAGCAGGCCGGGGAGAGAGAGGAAAGAAGUAAGGGAACAGGAGAUUGCGACUGAGUGCCAUGUCCCAAGGCGGGUAUUUUGAGAGCGAGCGGCACUACCAAGCCCUGGAAAUGGCCCCAGCCCGGCCCAGCGGCCCCGAACUGGGCCCGCUCUGUGAAUCGGAGCUGGCUUCGUACAUGGGAGACGAGCAGCUGCUCUCGGAGUUGCUGCAAGGGGCCCAGCAGAGAGCGCCCAAGGGUGCCCCGUUCCCCAACUACUUCCCCGGGGAGCCGUACCCCUUCCUGUCCUACGGAGGCGAGCGCAAGGGCCUCGGGCCCUUUGAGCCACGGGCCGUUGCUGUUAAGGAGGAACCGCGAGGCGGCGAUGCUGGGCGGGCCGACGGCCGCCAUCCCUACAACACCGGGCACUUUCCAGCAACCCACUGCGCCCAGGUGACCCUCGCCCAGCCGGGAGUGCGUCCUGGACAAGCCCUGAGAGUGCUCAAGGGCCCGCCUUGCAGCCCUUCCCCGCCCUGCGGCACCCCCAAGAGCAAGAAGUCCAUGAACAAAGACAGCUUGGAGUACCGCUUGCGCCGGGAGCGCAACAACAUCGCCGUGCGCAAGAGCCGGGACAAGGCCAAGCGUAGGGUGAUGGAGACGCAGCAGCGCAUGGUGGAACUCCUGGGCGAAAACGAACGGCUGCGCAGCCGGGUAGAGCAGCUGAUGCAAGAGACAGAGACCCUCCGUGACGUUUUCCGCCAAGUGCCCGAAGCCGCUGGGCUUAUCAAAGGGCUGGGGGGAUGCAGCUGAAGCCAACCUUGGGUGGAGAGCAGGCCGGGCCAGAGGAGGCGGGGCCUGGAAUUAAGAGGGGCGGGAUUUGGAGCAUGUAA